AUGGUCUCCUUGCCGCAAAUACUGGUUCUCUCAUCGCAGAUGCUCCAAGAAGAGAUGAUCCAACUACGCCAAAACACGCCCCUUCCGUCCACCCUUAUCGCCGCCCCUGAAAUUCACCCACACAUCUUUAUUAUCGAGCACCAGCACCAGGAUUUCGUUAUAACGGAAAAUUACGGGGCCUUCGUUGUGCCGGAAAGCUUUGAGGUCUAUAGCUUUCACAAUUCUGAAGAGUUCUUGAGAGUCAAAAGCGGUGAAUCAGUCCUUGAGGAAGCCGCCGUUCUGGACGAGUUUGAUAUAAUGUACCAUGCCGACAAGAAAGGCAAUUCUUUUCUUGCCAAAAUAUGGUCUGACCGGAGUCCAAGUUCCAAGGCAGUUGGCAUGGACUGGAGCCAAAUCCAGCCGCCCAACGCGCCUCCAACUGCGAGUUCAAACGAGAUGAAGCCAAAGAUGAAUGCGUAUUUUCGCGUCAAAUUGGUUUACACGUGCUUCGAUAGCCCUCAGACAGUGGUGAGACAUGCUUUCAACGACUUUAAGCUGAUGUGCUACAUUGAAUUCCAGGACGAGUCUAUAGAGAUCACAUCGAUGGAUUGCGGUCACUGCGGUACUGCCCUUGAGCAUUUGUCCAAAAUUUGCAUUCAAGGCGCCGUGGCUUAG